AUGUCUCAAGCUGCCGUGCCAUCAACCCAACCUAUACGUGGUGUCAGAUCCGGCCCAGGUCCAUUUGUUUUCUCGCUAGAAUCAGUCAUUCUCUGCACGUCAACAAAGGAACGGGAAGUACCCAGGCCCUGCUCACCAAGCUACAGGCGCGGGGGCGAUAUCAGCCUCGCCCCAGUACGAACGGACACUAGCAAAAGCCUGGUUUCCUGGCUCUUCUCCCUCCACCAUCCGGCAAAGCAACAGACCCUGCUUGAGGUCAGGUUUGCAGCAGUUUCAGAUGACCUAGAAAAGCCUGGGCUUCUCUCUGUCUAUCGGCGCCCUAGCGGAACACUCGUCGAGAGCCUUGCCCUUCAUGACCUAGGCCUUGCGUUCGUCCGGUCCAAGAUAGCCGAUGCAGAGAGUUCCAACUUGGCGGCAGCAUCAUUUUGUCUCAAUUGGUACGAUCUAUACGACGCGAACGUCGUCCCCAAUAGUGACAUGUUCCUGCGCCACAUCUGGCGAUUGAGCUACGUCCUCGAUCUAUUCUUGACCCAUAUAUGCUUCAGCCUCCUGAUGGGGAACACUUCAAACUCUGCGCACGGGGCCGAUGUAAACUACCGGGAUGCCGAGGGUAAGACAGCCAUUCACCACGCCGUGCAAGCAGAGCGCAGCGGAAUGGCUGAGCUCUAA